UAUUCGUCCCCCCCCCCCCGCCGGUCCUGUCCUUUUGUUAACACUUCACAUUGAAGUUGACCCUGACUGCACCAACCAAGCGGAGGAGGAGGAGGAAAGAGGAAGGAGGAGCACUUUCUUCUCCGAUGGACCAUUUCCUGAGGAGCUUUCUUGGCUGCGCGUCAUUGUCACCUUUGACGCGCGCGAUGGAGUGAGGACGCAGCAGCGGGAGCAGUCUUCUGAGAAAGCGAGGUUGCUUUUUUUUUUUUUCUUUUCUCCCCGUUUCCAUUCUUCCGCGACGUCAAGUCACCAGCGCCAUUCCGCAGUCAUGAUUCAGCGGAACGAGGCGGUGCUGUCCAUCCUGAGGGAGCUCCAGGAGGCCACGGAGAACUCAGGCCUGGACGCACUCACCCUGAAAGCCCUGGAGGUGGACCGGCUCCUGGCUCCUUUCCCGCUGCCCCGACUGCCCUGCCAGAACUUCCCCGAGUGGGUGGGGGUGGAUGACGUGGCCCAGGGCCUGUGCCCGCAGGACGCCCCUGCGGACCUCCUGCCGCUCCGUUGCAAAGGAAAGGGCAACUUGCUGUUUGACGCCGCCAGCAUGUUGCUAAUAGGCAACAGCGGGCUGAGCUUGGAGCUACAGGUGAGGACAGUUGUGGAGAUGGUCCUGUGGAAGAGGUACUACUUGUCCGGCAUGAUCGACUCCAAGAUGAUGCUCCAGGCGGUCCGCUUCAGCCUCUGCGCCGAGGAGUCGGAGGCCAUGCCCAACCUGUCGGCGAGUGUCCUGGAGGCCAUCUUUGACGCCGACGUCAAGGCUUCGUGCUUCCCCGACUCCUACGCCAACAUGUGGCACCUCUACGCGCUGGCGUCUGUGCUCCAGGUGAACAUAUACUCCAUCUACCCCAUGUUCAACCACAAAAUCCGAUCCUACUUCAACCGGGUCAUCCGGCCCAGGACUUGGUCCAAAGAGCGCGAGGCUCAAACCUUCCACAUCAUGUGGUCCGGCGAGUUGAAGUCAGGGACUUUGUUCCGACCCGAUCACUUUGUGGCGCUGGUCCACCUGAGCGACUUUGCUUCGAGUAGUCUCAAGAGCAAGGAGCUCCUCAAGCAAAACUCCAAGUUCUCGUACCCGAGUCUGAAAGACAAGUACAACAUCACCAAGAGGACCUUCUACCGCUGGAAGAGGCAGUCUCAGGAGCACUGUAAGAAAUCCACAGCCCGCUACGAGGCCAAGUACUUCCUGCAGGCGUGCUACCUGGAAGGGAAGCUCAUGCCGCUGCACCGCUUCAAGGAGUUCUUUCCGCAAAUCUCCAGGUCCUCCUACUACAACUGGAAGCAGGAGCUCCUCAGGUCAGGCGGAACCCUGUCCACGCCCUCGUCCACGGGGGAGGUAAGUCCCGGGGAGAGCACGGAGCAGGAAGCCUGGUCCUCUCCCGAGCUCAGACAAGACGAGUCGGACCAACAAGACAGCGUGGCGGGCAUGUUCGGCCUCAGCGUGGGGCCUCUGGAUCUGGAGCGGGCCCAGAGCGUGGCCCACAUGCAGCAAGCCAAACGUUGCUUGCAGAACUGCAUCGCCACCAAGGCCUCCUUUCCCUUCAGGGUCUUCAAGCGCAACUUCCCCGGCAUCUCCAGGUCCACCUACUACAACUGGAGGAGAGAGGCCAUGUUGUUCUUCGGAGGCUACAAAGCCAACAGCUCGGACAGCUCGGACGCCGACAAGAGUCCGAAAAGUAUCUCUCCGGUCAUGCGGAACAUCGGAGAAGCGGCUCCGCGGUCCAAGCUCUGCAGGCGUACGCACAGAAGUUUCCGUCUCGCCUACAUGAGUAAGAAGCAACUCAGAGACUUUGCAAAACUGCUCGUCCAGAAGUCCAAGUUGUCCCUGGGCAAGUUCAAGCUCAGGUUCCCGACCUUGUCCCUUUGCUUCUUCUGGCUGUGGAGGAGCGGCGACACCAAGAGGAUGUUGAGCAAGGUCAACGACCCCGAGGUUGAAGCAACCCCGCUGAGCGUCAUCGACGUGGCACGCAAGGAGCUCCCGUGCGCUGAGAUGACCUCGUAUGUCGGUGGCUGCAGCACGGCUCCUCUGGAAGUCCCGCAUCCCCAAGGCGGAGGAGCCCUGGCAUGCCCCCUGCCGGACAAGCUGGCCGUGGACGUGGUGGCGCUGGCCAACUUCAAAGCCAAGGCCAAGCUGUUCCUGCAGACGCGCUUUGAGGAAAAGUCCUUCCCCACCUUCAAGGAAUUCCGCUCCCACUUCCCCUUCACCCCGCGCUCCACCUACUACAUGUGGAAGCGGGCUCUGCACCACGGGGUGUCGCUGGUUCACGGCUGAAGCAUUUGGAAAAUUGUGUGACACUGGGACUGAGAUGCGGGCGUGUCCGAGGGCAGCAGUUCAAAGCUCCCGCUAGGCAUCGUACCGGGCCCCCUUUUCAUUGUCGUAUGCUUUUCGCGUCUCGUUUGUAGGAGACAGGGUUCUUAUUCUCUUUUUUUUUUUUUUCUUUAAUUCACCUAUUUUGUAUUUUUGCUUAGUCACUGUGAAUGUCCUAUUUUGAUCAAACGCACCUUUAUGGUUAUUCUGACGACGCUUGAAUGUAAAUGAAUUUAAUUUUUUUAGACUACCUAGUCCCGGUUACCUUUUAUUAGCUUUUUUUUUUUUUUUUUUUGGGGAGGUCCAGUGUUACAUUAGUGUAAAAAAAAAUAAAAAAUAAGUGCCA